CUCUCUUUCUCCUUCCUUCAACUCCUUUUAUUCUGUGCGUGCGGCUCCAUGCGGGGCUCCUUCCCGCAGCAGCGCAGACAGCAGCGGGCCUUGCGGUGAGCCCCGCCCCGGCCUCCCGCUCCCUCCGGCCGGCCGAGCCUCCCGGCUGAGCCCCGCUGAGGUGGCCUCCUUCCCGGGGAGAGAUGCUGUAGAGCAGCCGGCGGAGGAGAUGCUGCUGCCGGACUGAAGAGAGCAGAAAGCCGCGGAGGGAUCCAGAAAGAUGUCGAGCAGAGUCCGCCUGACCCCGGUGAGCGAGGCUGAACAGCCGAAGCCUUCAGACGGCCUCCCCGAACCUCCGGCGCCGCCCACUAAAUCCUCGAGCCGCCACAGUCUGCCGCGAUGCCGAAGCUCCGUCACGUCGGCCGCAGACGAACAGCCGCACGUCGGAAACUACAGACUACUGAAGACCAUCGGGAAGGGAAACUUCGCCAAAGUCAAACUGGCCAGACACACGCUGACGGGCCGAGAG